GAUGCUCUGCGUAGAUAUAUCAACAUGUUAUAUGUAAACUACGUAGAUAGCAUAGGACGCUGCGGCCAGUCCUACCAUACAGGUUUAGAGAGCCAGACAACUGUGCGUUUAAGGAAAAACCAACAAGAAUUCAACCGAUUGUGUUGAAAAUAAAGUAAGAUGUACAAGUUACUUACAAUAGUUGUAUUACUAUCAGCUAUUGAUGGGAAUCAGACCCAUCCGACAUCUGCUGAUUUGGACACACCCAAUAUAGAUGGGUCAUCGAAAUCAAGAACGCAAGUCACGCCUACAAAUAUUACGCCAAAUUCGAGUAUUACGCCAAUUCCGAAUAGUACCCCGAAAUCAUCGGCUGUGCAUGGCGAUCCGAAAGGUAUUUCAUCCGCCGAAUUAGAAGCACUCAUAACACAUAUAUUUGACGAGUCGCCAAAUGCAAGUGAUGCGCCAAAUUCGAGUAUAACGCCCAUUCCGAAUAGUACCCCGAAACCAUCGGCUGUCCACGGGGAUCAGAAGCCUAUUUCGUCCGCCGAAUUGGAAGCAAUUAUAACACAUAUAUUUGACGAGACAUCAAUUGCAAGUGAUGCGCCAAAUUCGAGUAUUACGCCCAUUCCGAAUAGUACCCCGAAACCAUCGGCUGUCCACGGGAAUCCGAAGCCUAUUUCGUCCGCCGAAUUGGAAGCAAUUAUAACACAUAUAUUUGACGAGACAUCAAUUGCAAGUGAUGCGCCAAAUUCGAGUAUAACGCCCAUUCCGAAUAGUACCCCGAAACCAUCGGCUGUCCACGGGGAUCGGAAGCCUAUUUCGUCCGCCGAAAUGGAAGCUCUCCUAGCUCAUAUAUUUGACGAAUCGCCAAACUCGAGUGAUGCGAGUACAAAAAGUACGCCAAGUACGUAUAGAACACCGGAACCGACGCCACCUACGCCGAACUCGACGCCGAAUUCGACGCCGAAUGUAGAAGUCAAACCCUCGGAAGGUAAAGUGUCGUGCACCAUCAGAGGGCGUGACGGGACUUGCGUGCCUUAUAACCUGUGCGAUGCCAACGGUACGCUCCUGGAAGACUACGAAUUAAUCGAUUCACACGUUCCCGAUGACUCGUGCGAGUCUUAUCUCGACAUUUGCUGUGAGCCUUCCUACAUAUUACCAGAGCCUGCCACUACAGCGCCCUCUAAUAAGGUCUCGCAGAAGGGAUGCGGUUUCCGCAACAAAGAUGGCGUCGGGUUCCUUAUACGGAGUGCUGAUGAUAGGGAAACCAAAUUUGGGGAGUUUCCAUGGAUGGUCGCCAUAUUGAAGGUAGAACCAGUAGACCAAAAAGCUACGGAAGGUCAGAAGAAGGAGGUAUACAUAGCAGGCGGAUCUCUCAUCCAUCCCCGAGUGGUGCUGACCGCAGCCAACUAUGUCGCAACUGAAAAGACGCUCCGCAUCAGAGCUGGUGAAUGGGACACCCAGACCGAGAAAGAGAUAUACCCUCAUCAAGACAGGGACGUGGAGAAGGUGGAAGUCCACAAGAAUUACAUUAAGAAAAACCUGUUCUACAACAUCGCGGUUCUCUUCCUGUCAGCACCGAUGGAACUGACUCCGAAUGUUGGUGUGGUGUGCCUGCCACCGCAAAACUUACGCCCAGAAGCUGGUACCAGGUGCUUCGCAUCCGGCUGGGGGAAAGAUAAUUUCGGCAAAGAGGGCCGGUACCAGGUUAUAUUGAAGAAGGUUAUGGUCCCAGUGGUGGACCACAACACGUGUCAAACGAAACUGCGCAGGACCAGACUGGGUUCCAAUUUUAUGCUGCACUCGUCGUUCAUGUGCGCCGGCGGAGAACUCGGCAAGAACACGUGUAACCAAGAUGGCGGCUCACCUCUCGCUUGCCCUAUACAGUAUGAAGAAGAUCGCUACAUACAGUCAGGUAUUGUGUCUUGGGCCAUCGGCUGUGGAGAAGAUGGCACGCCGGGAGUUUACGUUGACGUUGCCAACCUUCGGAACUGGAUCGACGAUAAGGUUGCAGGUCGCGGUUUCGAUCCCUCCACGUACACUUACUGAUGUAUUAAUUAAUGUAGCGAUUCAAGGUUUAGUUUUAAGAGAAUCGAAAUGUCAGUUUUGUAAACAAUGUAUUUUUUAUCAUCAAUCAUAUUGAACUCCAUUAUAAAGAAUUAAAAUAAUUAUUUUAUGUU